GGCUGUGGACUCCAUGCGGCGGAUCAGACACAGAGCGCUACGUCGGCGGAGUGAGCGGAGUGAUACAAAAAAUAAACAGGUGACCUUUGCUGUGCGUCUGGAACUUAUGGAAUGAGCGACACAUAUUCACGAAGCCGAGUGGUAGUAAAAAACACAUUAUUCCGAGUGUUUCUGAAUGACUGAACUAUGAGUUGUCUAAAAUAAAAAAUAAAUAUAUCAAUACAAAAUAAAUAAUAAUAAUAUCUGCAAUCGAAAAUGUAGAAAUGUAUCAGUAGAGAAAAGUGCCAGCAAUUACCAUUUCAUUAACGAAUCAUAGGAAAUAAAAGUGAGAAUCGAUGGCCUGUAAUGAGCGCCCUUUUCAUGUUUCAGAAAACGUCCGAUAAAAGCUCAAAUACCAUGCUUAACCGGCUGUGUUGACUCAUUUACAUGAAUACAGAAUUGUUUUCAAAGCCAUCUGUGACGAAGGAUUUCAUCUGGGUGUAAUAGUGAUAUUCCCACGCUCGGUUGCUAAGUUUACCACAUAAUACUGGAAAAUAAUCUGUGGAAAAGAGAGAGAGGGAGAAAAAAUACUAGUGUGAACUCACCUAAGGCACAGGUGAAGGUGCGCUCGGACCGAGUCUGCCCCUGAGUCGAGGUGACCUUCGCGAACAUCCCAGCGGCUUUGGAUACACGUGGCGAAGCAAGCGUCUCCGGCAAUAUGAUGGUGGCCGGGGAGAAAGUGGCGGUUUUCCGCAGCAACAGCGACACCCGCAGGAACUCCCGCAGGCAAAGGUUCAGGAACUUCUCGCUGAGAUGCCGCCGGAUGGCCUGGGACGAGGAAGGCGUGAGCAUCGGCGCCCCGCGCUCGUCCUCCCUCCGCCACUCCAAGACCAACGGCUCCACCCAUACGUCCCUCGAGUCCCGCCCAUCCACUGGAGAGCCGCCCCCGAAGAAGUCCAACUGGGAGGUGAUCGAGCACUACAGCAAAUCCGGCCUCGUGGGCGUGACGACCCCCAAGAGCCCCCCCGAGGAGGAGCAAGCCAAGGAGGAGGAGGAGAGCAUCCUGCUGGAGACGGCGAAAUGGUGGGACAUGUGCGCGCUGUGCCGCCGCAUCUUCCGGUCGCACCAGUUCAAGAACAUCCACGUGGAGGUGCUCUACCAGAGGUACUUCCUGCGGAUGAACCAGUCGAACAUGACGUCACUGCUUGGCCUGCUGAUCGUGGUGAUGCUGGCCAUGCUCUGCCUCAUCUACUUUCUCGAGCCAGGAAAAUACUACACGCAGAGUAUCACCAUCGCCGUGUUCUGCGCGCUCUACGUCGUUCUCGAGAUCCUGCUGUGGCGAACACAGCUGCUGAACGAGGUCUAUCUCAUCAUCUUCUCAUACCUCGUCCUCAUCUCCUUCUUCGGGCUGGAGGCGCUCAUGACCCUCGGCAGUGAGCCCCUCACAGCCUCCGCCGGCGUCUGGGCGACGCUCUUCUUCAUAUACAUGACCUACACGCUCCUGCCGCUGCGGGUGCUGGAGGCCACCGCCGGGGGCGUCCUUCUGUCAGUCGCCCAGAUCGGGUGCGCCGCCGCAGGCAACGCCGCGCAGCCGUUCCUCUGGAAACAGCUGGUGUGCAACGGGAUGCUCUUCGCGUGUGUGAACGUGGCGGGUUUGUUCACUCACUACCCCGGUGAGGCGGCGCGGAGACAGGCGUUCAUCGAGACGCGUCAGUGCAUCUCCGCCAGGAUGAACACGCAGCGCGAAAAUCAGCAACAGGUAAAGAGAACGUCGGUUUUGGUUGAUUUUGUUGUUGUUGCGGUUGCUGUUUGUGUUUCAUUUGCACAGGGGCGGGGGAGGACCUGGUGUGUCUCUGUCUGGCAGGAGGGAUUAUUUUCCCAGCUUGUGAGGAAGGGUUUUCUUCUAUAAAAGUUUCAUAUGAAC